AUGGCUAUGGCCAUGGCCAUGAAGCUGGAGUUGGAGUUGGAGCUGGGAUGUAUGGGCAAGGUAACCGCUAUGGUGGAGUCGGUGCUGGGGUGUAUGGUCAAGGUAACCGCUAUGGUGGAGUCGGUGCUGGGAUGUAUGGACAAGGUAACGGCUAUGGUAGAGCUGGGGCUGGAUUGCGCGGUCCGGGUUAUGGCUAUGAUGAACAUCGAUAUCCUUUCUCUUAGCUACACUAUGUUAUUACGCAUUCAACUAGGAGGGAACCGGCGUUCUGCCGCCAAUGGCGGCUCGCCGGCUUGGUUUGGAAGAAGGCCCGAGUUCUAG